UUUAAGUAAUCUAGGCUUGGUUUAAGACUUCAGAGGAGCCACGCCUGAAUCGGAUUUCCACUGUAAUAAAGCGCUGGGAUGGGACGGACUGUGCGCCCGCAGGUUAAGGACUGACAGCCCACAUCUCAGCGAAAGGACAAAAGCGAAGGGCUAAUCAAUGAACUACUUGGGGAGAUUUCUGGCAGCAGCAGAGGCGCCUGUGACGAGAUGGUCGGCAGUACCUACAGCUAUGUUCGAGGCAUGAUCGAGGAAUGCGACCCGGCAGGAGGCUAUACUGCGCGCUCAUGCGCACUUGUCUGGUAAUAGUUCCAUUACUUUUAUUGCUGCAGAUAUUUAUUGCGAUCUUAGUGCCGGGUAAUCGCCGUUUCUCAGAGGACACGGUCGCUUUCACGAUUAUCAGUAUUGAAAAUACCCAUGAAGAAAGAAAGCCAGGCGGAGCUGACUCAGGAAGUCUCCAGCAGAAGAACGUCUAUCCCCGGGGAGCGAAAAGCUGGAGAACUGAUUUUUCGGAAAGUGAACCAGGGGUACAGACAAACUACAGCCCGCAUAUAUACGAGGAUGAGAAUGAGUUGAUGACCCGACAGGGGGGCGCCAGGAGGCAGGUGGAGCUGCAGCCCUGGGCUGCUGGGCAGCCCUCUUUUACAGCAGAGGUGGAGCGCCUCCUGAUGUUCAUCACCACACCACAGGUGUACUGUGCCCGGGAACUGCUUCCAGGCAAGGCCCAGGCUGUGAAGGCCCCAGCAGACUCCUGGGUUGUCUGCCUGGAGGGCUGGUUCCUGCCAAUGACAGGAUUGCAGUCUUGUGUGGCUUACUCCUUUAGCAUGGACCAGAAGGAUGAGGAGUUUGUGUCCAGCAUGGCAUCACUGGGCUGUGAGGUCCAUCAGUUUGAUCCAGGCAGAAAGUCCCGACAGACCCAGGAACGAGUACAGCACCACCAGAUGUGGUUAGACUGGCGCAAUCCCAGGACGGGGCACAGAAAGGCCACACCCAGGAAACUCAGUGCCAUCAUGCAGAUGCUGGGCCACAGAAUGGUGGAGAUUGUCCAAGCGGACCUGGAGAGCGCCGAGUGGAGGAUUGUGGAGAGCUGGGUUCUGGAUGGCACCCUCACGCAGAUCCAGCAGCUGGUUCUGACAGUGCACUUACAGUGGGCCGGGUUUGAGGUGGGGGGCAGCGACGCAGAGGUUGUGCGGUUCUGGUACAGCCUGAUGAAGGAGCUGCACACAAGCGGGUAUCGCCUGCUGCACAGUGCCAGGGGGCCUGGCCAGGCCAUACUGCACCAUGCGCUGCCCAAUGCCAGCAGCAGCUACAUGCUGAGCUGGGUCAACACGAGGUGGAGCUAUUAAGCACACAUUGUUCUCCAGCGCAGUGCUUCCUAAUCCUGGUCUGGCAGGAACAGUGUCUUUGGAGUUUUCCUUCAAACAAGUUCUUACUCACAGGCUUUUUGGUUUAAUUUAAAGUUAUACUUGAGAAAUGCAAAAUGCAUGUUUAGGGGCUGAAAAACAGCCAGAAACUUUGAAUUAAUCCUAUUAGGAAGUCAAAUAAAGGUUUGAUUGCAUGAUUGCAAGAGCUUGCCUGGUGUUGGGCCACUGGGACCAGGACUGGGAACCCCUGCCAUAGGCCUCUAUGUGCUUUGGAUAGAUUUUGGGACAUGUGAUUUAACAUGUAGAUCAAGGGCUGCACCUCCGUCAAAAUGCACAUUGCCUCUCCAGAAUGGUGAAGAGGCAACACUGACUGGAGUCAGUGCUGAGUGGAUCAGUGAACCUUAAUUUUGAUUCGUGAUUAAUUAGCAUAUGAUCAACAGCCACUUUUACAUAAUGGCAAAGAAAGAACCACAAAAUAAACAAUUAAAGUAUUUAAAUAAGAAAUGCUACAACAACUAAAAGAACAAUCAAAAACAAUACUUUAUUUUUACACAUUAUUUCAAAUGGUUUUUAAAACAAUUUACAUACAGUCUAUAAAAACGCUACAAAUAUUUGCACACAGGCAUUUUCAUUGCUUUAUCACAACCAUAUCACAGUUCUAUACUGCAGAAUAGAAAACAAUCUAAACAUUUAGUGACUACCUACUGCUUAUCUAUUUUGUCAUUGUACCAAAAUCUGGUAUUGCACUGUGAGAAUAAAGGAACAUACAAGGGUAUAUACUUAUAUGUUUUGCACAAGCUGGUGACCCCUGAUUCAAAGUUUUAAGUGUUUAAGACCGGAAGUGAAACUGUUUCAAAUUAGGAACUGUGAAGUAAAUCGAAGGAUACAGUCUCCUGUGUCAUGUUUUAAUAAAACUACUGGAAAUAUUGUAAAAGGGUACUAUGGAGAAAUAUGGCUAUAUCCCAUUCAAGCUGUUUUAAUUUUCAUAUUUACAUUUGGUGACAAGCACUCAUGACGAGUGAAGGCGCUAAAGGCAAUAGAAAGUUGACAACGUGGACACUAAGAAUUUGUUCUGCUUCCAGGUUGUUCUCACUUCCGACCAGUGUAUCCUAAACCUUAAUAUUGUGAUAUUUAGACAAUGUAAAGCUUUGUUGCUUAAGUAAUGUAAUUGGAGAUGUGUAAUCUAGAUGCCCUCUACUGGUAAUAGAUUAAAAAGGAAAUGGGACUUGUUUUCUGGUACAGUAAACUCGGACAGGAAUCCCCUGCUUAAUGGAAGACAUCGCUUGCCGUCGGGAAAAAAAAGCUCUAAUUUUUUAAAACUUUGUGCGUUGUUGUUGUUUUUUUGUUGUUGUUGUUCUUUUCUGUCUUUGGCACCUUUUGUGUAAGUUUUUUUGUAUAUUACUUGGGAAAUAAAAAAAAAACAUGAUUAUAAAGUCUUAGCAAGAUGUCCGUUCAGGGUUCAGUCUGCUGUCGCUUUAGUUUUUCUGAGGUUCCUCAUAUUCGCCGAAGUCGACGUGGACGUGGGAGUCUUCCU